AUGACAACAACAGAGAACACAACAACUGCUAUCGUUCAUGAAGCCAUAAAUGAAGAAUACGAGUACAUACAAUAUAACAAACAACUCCGUCUCAUUCGUUCGGUCAAGGAUGACAUGUACCAAAUGCAAAGUAUUUUGACAGCAUGUUUUGCUCCAGAUACUAAGAAACCACAAGACUGGUUUGAAUUAAAUAGCACUCAUGAACUCCUCAGUGAGUUCGAACAUGUAGAACUUAAAAAGAUGUACCAAGACAGACAAAACUUACCAUCAUAUCUAAAAGGUAUAUAUGUUCAUAAGUUCCUAGUUAG